GCGCGACGGAGCAAUCAUCAAAAGGACGAACGGGGGAUUUCCCAACUGGCAUUGGCUCGUUUGGUCGACUUCAUUUGUGCUUGUUCUUAACAGCUGCCCUAGUUGAGGGUUUGCUUUCUCGGUUCAUCGGUCGGCAACCAUGCACCGACACCAGCAUCAGAGAGGGCAUCCGGUUUCAGAAGGACCCAUUCCAUUCUUUGGAGGUGCCGCAGCUGCUGGAGGAGCCAACGACUUAUUCAGCUCGACUAUCCCAGCCUCUUCCUCUGCGACGUCUGUUCACCCUAGCACAUCCUUCUCGGCCCGUAGCAGUACACAACCAACUAAACCCCCAGUUACAAUUCAACCCGAAUUGGCAGGUGACGCUUCAAGUCUCUUUUCUGGCAGCGCUGCUGACGCCUUUGGAAGUGGUGCCGAUCCUUUCCAAGUGACGAAUUCGUCGGUCUCAGUCCGUAAAUCAAGUACUCAUGCUCCCAUCACUGCCUCUUCCACAUAUAUCCCUCCGCAAGCUCGAAUGUCGUCCGCACCCAAAGUUGAGACAGUGAACGGGUCUUCCUUUUUUGACGACUUUGGCCUUAACAGUUCUGAACCUGUGACAAGCCCGGGCUCAAGUCGUAGCAAUAAAAUGCUGGAUGCUUUUGAUAUUAGCUUGGCCCGAAAGCCAAAAGCUGCGACAGCAUCGGAGUCUAUCAAUAGUGACCAACGCUUGGCUUCCAGUACGCAGAAGACGAACUCCGUGAAGGUCCAGGGGACUGACCUGUCGAAGACGAUAAAGCCGGUUGUCUCUAGCGCCUCCACAACUUGGACGCAGCCACCUACCUCAGCUCCUCCGACUGCAGUUACCAACCAAAUGCAAUCAAAGCACAAAGCACCUAGCGGACCUUCAAUCAGCCAGCCAGCUGCAGCCGAUGCAGGCUAUAGCGGGAGCGAUACAUCUGCCAAUCAGCAGAAUGGAACAGACUUUUCCCAGUAUUCAUGGACGGAUCCCAACACGGGUCUUCAGUAUGACUUUUCGGGUCAGCUGAAUGCCGUUCCUUCCGCACAAUCCUCUACACCAGUACAUUCUAUCGACACUUGGGUCGCCACGCCUGCAUCUACAGUGAAGUAUCAAGAGCCGAAGAUAGCACAUCCCGCACCUGCACAUCCCGGGCAUACCCAGCCAUCUACCAUCGUUUCCACCUCAAGUGUUGAUUCAACUGAUUCAGCUAGCGUCCAGGGUAAGCCUUUGCUUAACGAAAAGAAUCAUUUGGCGGCCAGACAUGAGGACUCUUGUCAGAGCUUCAAGGAUCAGGUGUCCGUGGAGACUCCGGCUAUUAUUCCUUCUGUUACUGAAAACGCGGAAGGUGCCUUCAUGGAAACACCAGCAUUUUUCUCCGCCAAGAUGUUGAAUCCGUUUGCCCAAGAGGAUGAAGCAUCUAUGAUGACUAUGGUGGAAGAUGUCUUGGUUUCAACAGGCAGAAUCUCACAAUCUGCUACAAUCUUUACGCCAGGGACAGGUUCCGAGCCGGUGACCAGCUCGGAGAAUAUUGAAUCGAAAAACAUAUAUGCUCCUACCACCAUAGAGCAAGCAUCACCUUCUCAUCACGCCGACUUUGAGGACGUGGACACGAACGCACGGAAAUAUGGCUUGUUCGAUUAUAGUGCAUCUUCCAUGGGAAAUCCACCAAAGGGUCAGGAUGCUGGGAAGCCUGAUGUAGGCUUGGACGAUCUGGACGAUCUGGUUCUUGGAGCGAAUGGUGGGAAUGAGGCGUGCGUUGGUCAGACUUCGAUCAUACCCACAUCCACGACUUCACUGUGUGACUCCACGUUCCCGAUCCCAUCGCCAGCCGGCAACGACUUGCCGGGUGUGUCCACGGACGCUUCACACCCGAGCGUGCUCGGAUAUUAUUCGGAAGACCCUGCUGUGGCCGCUCAGACCCCCCUGGCAUCAGCUAGUGACAGUUUUUAUGUAUCUAGCGGAGCUCAUCGUGAUUCCAUGGAUUUGCUGUCCGACGUCUCUACAUUUGCUCAAGGGUUUGGAAGCGAGACACCUGGCCCAACACAAGCCUCCCAUGUCUAUGGCGUGUCCGGAAUAUCUUCGCAUGAGGAGGGAAGGCUUCAGGAGGGAUACCACGGAAACUACAGUGCCUUUGGAACCGACAUACCUGACCCAACACAAGCCUCCCAUACCUAUGGCGCGUCCGGAACAUCUUCGCAUGAGGAGGGAAGUCUUCAGGGGGGAUACCACGGAAACUACAAUGCCUUUGGAACCGACAUCCCUGGUCCAACACAAGCCUCUCAACCCUAUGGCGUGUCCGGAACAUCGUCGCAUGAGGAGGGAAGUCUUCAGGGGGUAUACCACGGAAACUACAGUGCCUUUGGAACCGACAUACCUGACCCAACACAAGCCUCCCAUACCUAUGGCGUGUCCGGAACAUCGUCGCAUGAGGAGGGAAGUCUUCAGGGGGUAUACCACGGAAACUACAGUGACUUUGGAACCGACAUACCUGACCCAACACAAGCCUCCCAUACCUAUGGCGUGUCCGGAACAUCUUCGCAUGAAGAGGGAAGUCUUCAGGAGGGAUACUACGGAAACUACAGUGCCUUUGGUUCAACACGGGUUAUGGAACCCAACGAUUUACCGGCAUAUGGACAUUACAUGGAAGGGCAGAAUGGGACAUCCCAAGCAAACGGGGAUCUGAGUAUGAAGCCUUCACAGUCAACGCAGUCUUUAAAUAGCGCGCAAAUCAUGUCUCCAGAUUUCGAUCAACGGAGCAAUGUAAGUGUUAAUAGCAGCGUGUCAAAUCGACUGGAAUACAUUGCAUGUCCGAAAUGCAGCAAGAGGAACGACACCGAGUCAAAUUUUUGCAGCAAAUGCGGAACUUCCAUAGCUGGGCUCGCCUCUUUCUCGAGCAAUCCACCGCGUGAUCCGGGGGUGUUUCGACAAUACGGGGGCCACGAGGCCCCAUUUCGCACCACCACACCGGGUGUCCCGGUUCGCACGACUACUCCAGGAGUCGAGUCUGUCGGAGACAUUGGACGUCCCCCUUCCGUUCCUCCCAGUCUAUCUGCGGUGACGUCUACUACGACGGGUACAAAUAUCUAUCGUAGCAGCGCACCACGGCGGACGAAGACGCCAAUGUACGGUCAAACAGGGUUAUCGGGCUAUGCUUCAGCUUAUCCAGGUACCGAUUCGCACGGGCGUGCAUCCCCGGUUCCGCACCAGUACCCGAAUGCCCAGGGUUCAACUUACGGAGUAAAGUUACCUUCAGAGCCGCAGGCACCCGAAUUUCAGGAUCCUCUUGGUCGUCAUCGUGGGCACUGCGUCGCUGUUUUCGGUUCUGGUGGAAAACUUUUCAUCACUGGACCCAAGCGGCAGAAUCGCUACAUAACUGAUUCACAGGGUCGACCAUCGAUGAUGGAAAAAUCGUAUCCUGGGCCGAUGUGUGUGAUCCCCGUGCACAAGGUUGUCGACAAUGCGUGGAUACAGGAAAUUUUAAAGGUGCCUGGCCCAUUGGUGGGGUCAAAAAUCAAACACAAGAAGAAGGAUGUGCUGAAGUUUGCCGAGGACAUGAUAAAAGCCGCUGAGACUGAUCGCGACAGAGCCGCGACUGACUUGCAGGCAAAGUUACGGGAUGGAAUGGGAGCGUCCGUGGACGAGGAUAAGGCCUUGGAUGAGCUUGAAGAUGGCGUGGCCUUGGUCAAAUUGAUCAAGAUGCUUGUUGACAACGAUGGGACCCUUCUAUCUGCGCCGGCGGCGAAGAUAGAUUCUAUCACCCAACAAAUCCGGGAGGUGCUUGCUGUUCCAACCCUUUUCGAAGGCUCUGUCAUGGACAGAAUACAGGCAGCUCUUGUGCAAGGAGAUCGAGAGGGAGCAUGCAACCUGGCAGUUGGAGCGAAUCUCUGGCCACACGCAUUAGUAGUUGCUACCAAUAUCAGCAAGGAGACUUAUUGCGACGUUAUCAUGCAGUUUGCUCGUUCCGAGUUUACCGCGGGUGGCUUGAGUACCAAUGAAGGAAGAACGGGCGGUGCAGUAGAGCAUGUGGAUAGACCUGGACUCCGAGUUUUGUUUGCUCUCUUUGGAGGCAUGGGCCCAACCGCUAUAACUCCAUCUUUACAGUAUCUUUCCAAGUGGGGAGAAAUCCUCUGCCUUAUCUUGUCAAAUCGGACUCCCAACGAUUUGAGCGCGGUUGCAAUGUUGGGUGACCGGCUGCACUCCUAUGGGAAGAAGAAUGCCGCACAAUGCUGUUAUCUUUUGGCAUCGCUGCCGAACACUGUUGGAGGGAUUGAUUCGCCACAGGCCCGCGUAGUGUUGCUAGGUGCAGAUCACCGUACAUACCCGGGAACUUUCUUCCGUUCCUUGGACGCCUUGCAGAAAACCGAGAUCUUUGAAUUUUCCCAAAGCUUAUGGAAUAAUCUCGGUGUAGCCAACAGCCUUCCUCAUUUGCAGGCCUUCAAAAUAUGGUACGCCUCUCUACUGGCUGAUCUUGGUCUGAAUGAACAAGCGGCAAAGUACUGCGAGAGCGUCGAGCAUGUGGUCAAAACAUACGCACGGGGUAGUCCCUAUUUCCAUCGUACUUUUGGAGAGGUUCUGGGCCUACUGAGUGGCCGGCUGGCCGCCGCUCAGUCUGGAAAUGUGACUUCCGAGAAGGAAGGCAGUAGCUGGUUGAGUAAGCUUAGUAGUAUUGGAGCUCGUGGCUUGGACAGGUUUAUGAACAACGCGCUUGGGGAAGCGGACACUGCUACCUCCGUUGCAGCAGCCGCUACACCAUUAUCGUCUGCUGGGCACGUUGGCAGAACCACACCUGGGCCGUUGUCAGCCCCUCUGUAUGGAAGCGCUUCACCCAUGACUCUGCCAGUGGACCCAAGACCAUCCUCCACACCCGUAAUCAGCGCAGAGCCCGGGGAAGCAGGGUAUUCUCAACUAGCAGGAGCGGGAUAUGCUGCCGUAGAUCAGGGCGCGAUGUCAGUUGCAACAGUACCGAUGUUUUAUCAUCAACCAUAUUCCGCUACGAACAACUAUGACGGGGCGACAGCUGUAACAAGCCAGGAGGCGGCUAAUGGUACCGAGCCGGUUUCCGUCACUCAAAACGGAUAUGGCUACGCGACAGGGUACGGUCAUGAUACAAACGAUUGGCAAGGACAUGGAGACCAGGCUCUCGCGUGGCAAGGACAAGGCCAAGAAUCGUAUGGGUAUCAGCAGUAUGGAUACAAUGACCAGAGCUACGCCGGCGAACCCCAUCAGCAAGCGUAUGCCGAUAUUGCACACAAUGCACCGCAACAAACUGGAUCGGAUCAAACGCUUGCAGGACAGCACGAUGGAAAACCUCUUAAUGAAGCUGGAGAAGCAGACCAAAGUCUGCAGCAACAGUAUGACCAGCAGGGGUAUUACCAACCUGAAUACGCACCGCAGCACUACGAUCAAUCACAGACGGGCUAUGCGCAAUAUUCAUACGGGGAGCAAAAUGCACAGGGGGGAAUCCAAGGGGAGUAUAGUCAACUACCCGAGAAUUCGGCCCAAUUCGGUUACCCUUCAUACGAGCAGGGCUUUGGAACUGAUGAAUUGGCCGUCUCGGACCAGAAGGAAAGCUCAUCAACGCAGCAAACACAGCCGGUCCAAUGGAAUUCAUACUACGGCGGUUCGUAUGCCGAGCCGCAGCAAGUCACUCAACAGGCACAAGCGGCAGUACCUGAGUCGCAAUCGCAACCAGCUCCCGCUGGUGUCAUAGAAGAAGAAGAUCCGUUGGGACUAGGUAAUUCAGCUGUGCGACGGGACAAGGAAAAAGCUUCAACUCAGACAACCGCUACCGAACCUACGUCAACUGAACAACCAGCAGAGCAAAGUAAAUCAGAAAGCGAGGCUGCUAAAUCCGAUGCAAGCAAGUCAAGAGGACUGUUCUCGGCUUUCGGAUCGUUAUUCUCGGGGCGGCGUCGAGGAAGUGAUGAUGCACAAACAAAAGAAGGGUCUGGCCCGAAAAAGGCUAACCUUGGGGAGAAAAAUGCCUUCUACUAUGAUGAGAAGAAGAAAAAGUGGGUGAAUAAAAAUGCGGAUGCGAAGGAAGAACAGAGUACAGAACUACCGCCGCCGCCAAUGGCAAAGUCGAUGUCGGCUCCGGUCUCGAGGUUGGGAACUCCUGGACUCCCACCUGCCUCUGGAGCACCUGUAAAUGCGGAUGUUUCCCGCCCGCCCAGUGCACCUGGCUCCGCUCAGCCGUCACCGGCUCCGUCACCCGCUCUAGACAAUCCGGCGUUUGGCGCUGCACUGGCAGGCAAGCGAUCUGGUGCUGGACGGAGAGGUGCACGGAAUCGGUAUGUAGACGUUUUCAACCCAGAUGGCAAUAAAAGUGGUACCAGCAGCCCUGCGCCGGCCAUGAACUUCAUCCCAACAGCUACGUUUGGAACAAGUAGCAAUGCCGAACCUAAAAUUCUCAAGCCUGCCUCGCCGGCACCAAUGGGACAUUCAUCUUAUGCAAACUUCCACGAUGGGAGCAGCGGUCCUCAACACGAGAACACUAACCACCCAGUAAAUGCUGGACUUGGGACAUCGUCCACUAGUCAAACCAGCUUGAAAGCUCCAGAGCCACCAAUCGGACAUAGACAACCAACCCCGCAAGGGAUGAACCCAAGAUAUGCAUAUGGCAGUGGAUAUAUAUCGCCGAACCUUAGUGAAAACCGAUAUGGGGCUUUCAGCCCAGUGUACGGAGAGGGAGGGUCACGGAGAGGGUCAGAAACAGAUAGGAAGUUGCCAAUGUCGCCAAAAGCAAGUCAUGGAGGCGGUGCUGCCCCACCGGAUAUCUAA